CCGACUACCAACUUAAGUUGACGCUUCAGAGGCUCAGAGCAUCGUCCAGGUCUCUUUGGUGUACCUGCAGGCAUGGGAACUAACGGGCUCUACGUGAUCCGCUAUCGGAACAUGUAUUUCCAAUCGCACCACGGUUCUGGUGGUCAACCAGAAUGCCUUGGCUUACAGGUCCUUCAGUUAAUACGACAGCCCAAUGGCAUUGUGAUCUAUCAGCAGGAGUUUGGAGAGAUGCUGGAUGGGUUGAAGAGCCCUUCGGAUUGUCUAUUAUGGAUAGAAAAUGGCGACGAAUUCGAGUCCCCCUCCCCGAAGCGGCCGUCAAGCAGUUGGCUCUACGGUUACGAGAUCGAUCUUGAUCGCAAUAUCUUCCACAUAGACGGGUAUCCGUUUUUCUCCUUGGAAUGCCUUCCAGACGAUGAAGUUUUUAUCCAAUCCGUUACCGGACACCAUCCAGACGAGAAUUAUGACGAAUCCCUUUCCGCAGAUCAUUACGGUCAAACAGCUUGCGCAUUACAGUGCCCCCCCGAGCACAAGUACAAGAAGCCAGCACCACCGACCGUCGACAAUUCUGAGCUCGCGACGUACCAGUCUUUGAGGUGCACUGGGUCUCAGGUGGCUUUGAGCGACCUGCUCGCCAUCAGUGACAUCCUAUGUCAAAACGAGCAUGUUCGGGUCUCAUUGUUAGAGGUCAUGGUCGGGCAGUGCAUGCGUAACUCAGACAUUGGAAGAGAACUAUACGAGAUUGAGCUUGUCAAUGACCACAAGCAACUCACGGACAAUCAAUGGUCGAUUGCAUUCUUCAUGGCCAGCAUUACGUUUGUUCCCCAGAUGUUUGAUGAAAUGCUGCAGAAAGGAGUUCACUUGGGUUCGCGAAGACACUGUUGUUUUCAUCGCAACAUAUUUGAACGACGAGAGUUGCCUACAGGCCUCUGUGUCACGCCUGAUCAACGCGAUCUCGGAGCAGAAGGAUAAUCCUGGUUCUUACUUUGGAAUCGCGUUUUCCGUCUUCCAUUGUGUAGUCGUCAAAGUCGUCAAAGACGCACACACGAU